UCACAUAUAUGCAGCUGUGCGGGCCACGUUUUGCACGAGCACGAGAGCCCAUUCAUUUGAAUGGACUCCCGUGCCCAUGACACGCAGGGAAGAAGUCCAUCCACUUCUUUGGAAAAUGCAGCUUAUACGGGAACCUCGGUUCCCAGUACGGUUGUGUUUUCAAGUGUGUGCGGCGUGCCAUUAGAACUAAUGGCACCCGCCUGCGGGAUGGCACCCGGUGGUGGCGUGGCUGCACUCCGGACAGGACUGUCCCUCGGUCCGGACCGCGGUUCCGCCAUUUAGUGAACACUGAUGUAGAC